UCUGUCAAGCGUUGACGCUGAAGCCCCGUGUGAAUAGGGCGUUAGUCAGCGGCUCGUGUGUGUGUGGCUGACCCGCGCUCAAUGGACUAGAUUUCCAGCCACGUAAGUAAGAUGAUGAUGGUGUCCUGUUGCUGAAACAAGGGAUAGGCCCAGGGGGAGAACGUCGGCCGUCCCUUCUCGCCUUUGUCUCCGAAUUAUAUCCAUCCGUCGGAGUUUUGCGUGCUCGCGCGGAGAGAGGACAUCGACUUCCCAGGCGUAACAAAAGGCGGCUCGCGACCUGGAGGAAAAAAAAAUAUCUCCCUGGCUAUAUUUAGGUAGAUACACGGACAUGAUUCGCUCGGAAGCCCGCAUGAAUGAACCCGGAGCGCCCUCUCAGGAUAUCCGAACCCGGCUGGCACUUUAAAUUUCAUGCACAAAAAGGGAAGGAAAUAAUUGUUAAUUUGUACCUGCUGCGCUGCAUCGAUUGUGACGUCACACUCUUUACAUUCACAAUCGCGACGUAUUACAUGCAUUUUCGCGUGUGUUAACCAAACCGUGCUUCUUUUUUUUUCUUUGAGGGCACCGUGAAGCAUAGAGGUCACAAUUCAUGCAUGCACGUCAUCGCAUGUGUGCUCAAAUGACGCCACAUUGGCAUUGCAAUCAGCAUUAUUAAAGUCGAGGGGAAUCGCCGCUUGCAUUCAUGCCCAGUGUUAAAUAGAGGGCAUCUGUUUGUUUGUUUGUUUUUGGCAUUCGCUUCUACCUCCCCAUUGAAUCCGUCUGAAUCACCCUCCUGAUCCGGACGAACCUCCUCCUAUACUCAUGAACAUACAGAGAUCCAGUCCCAUUAACAUUUCGCGUUAUGGGAGAUCGAGGCACAAAGCGCACGACUUUGAGGAGCUCUCUUGCCUAAGGACUACAGAAUCCAGCCAGAGUUUCAGUCCCAAUUUAGGAUCUCCCAGCCCCCCCGAGACCCCGGACUCCUCGCACUGCAUUUCUUGCAUUGGAAAUUACCUUUUGUUGGAGCCCAUCGAGGGAGACCACGUUUUCAGAGCCACCCACCUGCACAGUGGGGAAGAGCUCGUGUGCAAGGUGUUUGAUAUCAGUCGAUAUCAGGAGUCACUGGCUGCUUACUUCGUGCUGGGUACCCAUGAGAACAUUAACCAGAUAGUGGAGAUCCUUCUGGGGGAUACGCGAGCGUACGUGUUCUUCGAGAGGAGCCAUGGCGAUAUGCACUCUUUCGUUCGCACUUGCAAGAAGCUGCGAGAGGAAGAGGCUGCCAGACUUUUCCAUCAGAUAGCAUCAGCUGUGGCGCACUGCCACGACAACGGCCUGGUCCUCCGAGACCUCAAGCUGAGGAAGUUCGUCUUCAAGAAUGAGGACAGGAACCAUGUAAAGUUGGAGAGUCUCGAGGACACGUUCCUCCUCGAAGGGGGCAAUGAUUCCCUCUCGGACAAACACGGCUGUCCUGCUUACGUCAGCCCUGAAAUCCUCAAUGCAAACGGCAGCUAUUCGGGAAAGGCGGCGGACGUGUGGAGCUUAGGAGUGAUGCUGUACACCAUCCUGGUUGGCCGGUAUCCCUUCCACGAUGUGGAGCCAAGUUCGCUGUUCAGUAAGAUCCGCCGCGGGCAGUUUAGCAUCCCAGAGACGCUAACACCCAAAGCGCGAUGCCUGAUUCGUAGCAUCUUGCGGAGAGAGCCCGCCGAGCGCCUCACAUCCCGAGAAAUUCUGGACCAUCCCUGGUUUUUGGCCUCCAUCACUCCGGCCGUCAACCAUGGAAGAAACGAACGGGAGUUGGACCAAAUGGUACCAGAGGCCAACAUGGAAGAAGAACUAGAACAGUUCUUUAGCUGAGCACAAACUCGUCAAGACAUUUAUGCCACGUUCUUUUAGAUUAUCUGAUAAACAAAAACGCAAAAUACACUCAUAUUACAAUGGUGUCUAUCGUUAUUUCUCAUUCCGCGGAGAGAUGUGGACUGUUUCUGGUGAAGCUACGACUUCUGGACGAAGCGAAAUGCUAAUGGCGUUGAGUGAUGUAGCAAGACUUUUUUGGUUUAUUGUUUAGGUUUUUACGUGGUGCUCACGAGUCGCAGUAAGCUACGAAACAUGCAUUACAGCACAGGAGAACGCAGCCAAGGAACAAAGAAAAUAUCAGGCAAAACAGCUCCUGUUUCCUGCGCCAAGUUGUCGACCGUGUUUUCUUUCUUCCUCGAAUGCAGUUUGUUGUUGGUUGCGUCUUUUUUUUUUUUUUGGUUCAUUCUAAGAAUAUCUAGCCUUAUCUCACGAGGAAGCAAAACUAUUUUACGCUUUGUCAGUUUAAGGGCUAAUUUGUAUUAGUUCAGUCAUACGAAAAUGUAUGACUAUUAAAAGGAGGUGUGACACCAAAUGCCACCCUUAAACCCAAUCAUAAUUGGCGGAUGAGCAAAUCAUACUAAAUUGUACAGAUCAGAUCUACAAUUUUAUACGAAUUACCCUCUAAAUCAAAAAUUUACGAAUUGGCAUGGUCAGUUUAGUGGCUAAUUCAUACAAAUUCAUGAGUCAGUUGUACGAAAAUGUACGAUUUUUGAAGGGAGCCGAGGCACCAAACUCCAUCCCUAAACCCAAUCGUUACUGGGGGGAUGAGCAAAUCGUACUAAAUUGUAUGAAUGAGGUUGCAUGAAUUAGCCACUAAACCAACAAAUUACGAAUUAGCAUAGUCAGUUUAUUGGGUAAUUCAUAUGAGAUAAGUCAUACAAAAAUGUACAAUUUAUAAAAGGAGGCUUGGCACCAAACUCAACCCAUAAACCCAACUAUUAUUGGGGGAUCAGCAAAUCGUACAAAAUUGUACAAAUGAGAUCAUACAAAUUAGCCACUAAAUCAAGUUGCGAAUUAGCAUGCUCAGUUUAGUGGCUAAUUCUUACAAAUUCAUGAGUUCAGUUGUACAAAAAUUUAAGAUUUUUAAAAGGAGCCGUGGCACCAAACUCCGUCAUAUAUAUAAACCGUCAUUGGGGAAUGAGCAAAUUGUACUAAAUUGUUUGAAUGAGGUUAUAUGAAUUUAUACGAAUCAGCCACUAAAUCAACAAAUUACGAAUUAGCAUAGUCAGUUUAGUGGCUAAUUCAUACAAAAUCAUAUAAGUUCGUUAGUACGAAAAGUAUGAAUUUUUUUUUUUUUUUAAGGAGCCAUGGCACCAAAUGCCACCCCUAAACCCAACUGUCAUUGGCAGAUGAGCAAAUCA